AUCGGUAAAGAUCCGUAAUUAUAUUCGUACCCGGUUUGGGAGAUUUAAGGUUAUAUUCGUAAUUAUACAUCUUUUCCAUCUUUCUUUUUUUCCCUCUUCCUUUUAGCGUCGAGACAAAGCUAAAUUUUCUGCAGAAAUCGCGACUUCACCAAACAUUUAUUCAAAUUGGUACUUUUUGUUUCUGCAGAAGUUUUCAUCACUACUUUGAUUUUUCGACAUCUCGGUUUAUGAGCUCGAAGGAGAAACCCACUCUCGGAGGUACGCGGAUUAAGAACCGCAAAAGGAAUAUUACUACUCCUUUUGACCCUACAGCUUUUUCUGAUGCAGUUGUAGUGAUUUAUCUUGAUAAUGCUGGUGAUCUGGACCUUGUUGCCAAAAAUAUUGAGUCAUCGGAUCUAAAUUUCUCAAGAUACGGCGACAUUUUCUUUGAGGUUGUAUUCAUUGGAGGACGUACACAAACUGGUUCAGUGAAAUCCGAUGAAGGGGAACGCCAUCCUUACUCUAUAAUCGACUGUGAGCCAAAGCGUGAAUCUAUUCUACCAUCAGUUGUAUACAUACAGAAAAUCUUGCGGAGGAAACCUUUCCUUAUCAAGAACCUCGAGAAUGUCACGCGGAGAUUCUUGCAGUCACUGGAGCUUUUCGAGGAGAACGAGAGGAAGAAGCUUGCGAUAUUCACAUCCCUCGCUUUUUCCCAGAAGCUCUCGGGAUUACCUGCAGAGACUGUCUUUCAGCCGUUGCUUAAAGAUAAUCUCGUCGCCAAAGGGAUAGUGCUCACUUUUGUAACGGACUUCUUCAAUGAGUAUUUGGUUGAAAACAGCCUUGAUGACUUGAUUGCUAUCCUGAGGCGUGGCAAGAUGGAAGACAAACUCUUAGAUUUCCUGCCGCCCACUAAGCGGACCACCGAAAGUUUCGCUGAGCAUUUCAACAAUGCGGGAUUAACAGCUCUGGUAGAGUACAACGACAAGAAAAUAUUUGAGGUGAAGCUGAAGGAAAUCAAAGCGGUACUUACGAGCCAAGUGACAGAGGAAAUCGACGUAGAUGAAGUGAUUGAGGCGGUGAAGCAACAGGUGAAAGAUGCUAAACUGCCAGAGAUUGAGGUCGUGCGUGUGAUCUGGGACGGGAUAAUGGAUGCUGUUCAAUGGUCUGGGAAGAACCAGCAGCAAAACUCCAACUCUGUAUUACGCCAAGUGAAAACAUGGGCUCCGCUUCUAAACACGUUCUGUAGCAACGGGAAAAUGGAGAUGGAACUGAUGUACAAAGUACAGAUGCAAUGUUAUGAGGAUGCAAAGCUGAUGAAAGUGUUUCCUGAAGUAGUGAGGUCUUUGUAUGAGCUUGAUGUGCUUGCUGAAGACACUAUUCUUCGUUGGUAUCACAAAGGGAGCAACACUAAGGGCAGGCAAACGUUUGUGAAGGGAUUGGAGCCGUUUGUGAAUUGGCUGGAAGAGGCUGAGGAAGAAGAGGGAUUACUUUUUUUCACUCCGAUGACUACUUCCUCCUUCCUCCUUUCUGCUUCUCCUCCCUCCGCCGCUCUUCUCGGGCGCUUCCUCCGCCGUUCUUGGUCUUCCUCUAAGAUCCACUACCGUCUUUCCCGAGUUCUGAACAGUUCCAGUAGGACUGAAGUAUCCAUUGAUACAUCAGAAGCAGACAAGCUUGUUGACAAGAUUGAUUUUGGGGAACUAUGCAAUGAAUUUGAGUGCACAAGUAGCCCGCAAGAUACGAUUAGAAGUUUUACAGGUCGUGAGAAGUACAAAAGACCAAUGUGGAUAACUAAAGAGUUAGAGAAUCCCACAGUGACAAUACAGGAGAUGGUAAUGUUAUCAACAAGUGUCUUGCGUAUUAGAUGGACAGUCAAAGGAAAACCAAAAUCUUUUCUUGCUGCUCUAAGUGGAGAUCUGAUAAUCAAAGUCAAAUCUGAGUUUACUCUUAACCAGAUUAGUGGCCAAGUAAUUGAGCAUGAAGAGUCUUGGGACUCAUCUUCAUCCUCCCCUAUUGCUCAAGCCUAUUUCUGGACAUCCCGGCGCAUCUUUGCUGCUUCUGAAUCCGCUAAGGACUUGGUCGAUACCACCAAAGACAUAACCGCUAGUUUCAACACUCGAAAAGAAGAUACAGAGAUAUAUAGGGAUCCAAGCGAUCCAACUAAGUAUUUCCAAAGAGAUGACAGCUUGGAGAGAGAUGUAUAUCAGAUUGCACUGUUUCUUGCUAUUGUCUACUUUGUUGUACAGUUCUUGAAGAACACACUC